AUGGACGCGUCUAACGAUGGUUCCGAGUCGGUUGACCAGUUUCUGGCCCGUAUUGCUAGCCUGAAUUCCAAACAGGGUCUUGAAGAGGCGGAGCGGUCCAAGAAGAUGGAGGAGGAAAUGCUGCAAGCGAGACGGGAGAGACAAGCGAGACGAGCUGAACGUGCCCGUUCCCUCUCCCCAUCCAAAACCGGGCCUGCACCCUCGCUUCGACACGUAGGAGAAGAGACGCCCAAGCACAAUAAACAGAUUGAACCCACUGUCGCCCUCACUCCGCCGCUCCAAUCGCGAACCCUAGGCCGCGCGGGCUCGAUCUCCCCUAAACCAAGGCGACCUUCAGUCUCCGGUGUUGACUUCUCGCGGCCGUUGCCUCCUCUGUCGGCCGAUGAUCCACGCCCAAUUCCCAGUCCUCCUCUAAACGCAACUUCUUUGUCGAGGAGUGGCACACUCUCGUGGAAUCAAAGACCAUCACCCAGGGGCAUCGGCUCAAUACGGUCGCGACCGCAGUCUGUGGUCUCGCUUCCCGACGCUAGCGCCGCUCUGAGGUCUCCGACACCAAAACAUGAAGAGGACAUGUCCAAGAAAGAGAUUUCGGCUUCGUUGAGCACAAAAGACCCGUCAUGGUUCCGUCAGACUCCAGACCGAGCGGCCAUUUCACCUGCAUACCGCAAGAAUGAAAGUGAAACCAGUGCGUCUCAAUUUAUGACUCGCAGCAUGAGACUUCCCGGGCUCUCUGCAGAAAAGGAGCCUACCGUUGAACGUUGUGAACUGGAAAAAGAGAGAGGAACAUUCUCUUCGCCAACUUCACCCGCGAAACAUAACCUCUCCAUGCUCGAUCAGCAACACACGCCUAGUUUCGAGCCCGUGGCCAGGCCACGCCCUGUCUCCAUGAUCUCGGAAACCCCUUCCAAGUCGCCUGCCCUGGAGCUGCCAGCUUUUAAGCCGUUGGACCUCAACACUCCAUUAGACUCAGAUGCGGCUACUCUUGGGCGGAAUCCUAGCGUUUUAUCUCCCUCUGGACGCCCUUUGUCACCAACUAAAGGGUUGGGUGGGUUCGUCCAGAGUGCGAUGAUGAAGCGGUCGGACAGCGUGAGCAAGAGGUGGAGCGUACAGGCAAAUGCUGGCUUGAAGCGGGGAGACUCUAUAGCUGCAUCGAGGCCUUCGCAUCUCUCUGGCGCCUCCGAGUUCAGUCCUGGGCAUAGCCGCAAUUCAUCCAAGGACACACGACCAGGGUGGGACCUCCAGUCAUCCCCUCUAUCUGGCUCGAGGCCUGUCUCAAGCCACGGAGCGGAGCCCACACUUCCAUUCCGGGGCCGGCCUCUUCCAGACCCGGACAAUGGGGCAUCGAAAUCACCCAAGGCCCGGACGGAUUAUGAACAGCGCGAACGGUCAGAUACGCUUGAAUCUCUGCGUCGACAGCAAAACAUGCGACGAGCGACUCCGCCUCCACCAGAAUUACCUCUUGAGCGCAGUCCCUCCAAAACUAUGGAUCCUCGUCGUUGGAGCCCAACCAAAGCAAGCUGGCUGGAAAGUGCGUUGAAUAAACCAGACGUGCCGAAGUUCGCACCAAGCAGACCGGAAACGCCUGCCUGGAAGCUCAACUUGCAGCGUUCAAAGUUCGAGGAACAGACACGUCCUUCUGCUGUCAAGGAUGCACCAACGCCCAAGGUUCUCGGUUCGCCACCUCCGGACGCACACCCGAGCAAAGAGGUAUCAACUUCGACAAUGAGCCCGCCUACUAUUGAAUCACAGCCAGCCAACUCGCAGGGGGAUACUUCGAAGCCUAAGGCUGCCCACAAAAAUGUCGUGGGUCCACCGGCUGAUUCACUUACCGUGAAGAAAGAAGGCAAGCCCAUUGUGCCCUCUAAGCGGAACAUUACGCCGGGAAGCCAGAAUAUACCCCAGAGAGAUUCAUCUGAAGAGAAACAGCCAUCUACCUCAGCUCAGACCAAAGUGACUGAGCCUUCUGAAGGACCUGAAAAGCCGGCUGGCCUUGAAUUGAAAAUCGAAAGUGAAUUGCCUGUUGUGAAACCAAAACCCCGAGAAGAAAUCGACAAGCCUGCCGGCGGUGAUCUGAAAAUCGAGAGUAAAUCGCCCAUUGUGAAACCAAAACCACGAAGCACAACGGAGAUCGACUUCAGAGCUACCCUCAAAUCCCGUCAAGCACCAUCCACAACAAGCAACGAUACCGAGCCGGAGUUCAAAGCAGUCUUUGGUAAACUGAAAAGGGCACAGACCCAGCAUUAUGUAGCGCCCGAUUUGCUGAAAGAUAACAUCACCCGAGGCAAAGCAGCAUUGAAUGCCACCGGAGGGCCUCAGAAAACUCAACAUGUUGACGAGUUUAAAGAGAGCAUUCUACAGAAGAAGGAAGCCAUGAAGGCCGGCGGCAGUGCCACGCGUAAGCGACCUGAAUCAACAGAUUCGAAGGCAAAGCCUGCAGAGGCUGUCCCAGAAGCACUGGCUCGCCGAAUGACUCUGCACAAGGCAACGCCCUCAAAGGAGCAGGUGGAAAUCAAGACCCCGGCUGGUGCCCCGAACAAGUCGACUAAACCCACUCUACACUCUGAACACCGGACCGACAAGGGAGUUUCACUAGGCACUGAGAGACCUACACCGGCCGUCCAUACCAAUGCAGGUACAGAGAGGUCGCAGGCAGUGGAAGCGAAAAAACCUGAGGUCGUUCUCACAGCAGCAUCGGUCAACAAGCCUGGAAAAGUGUCUGCGCCCCACAGUGUCGAAACUGCUCCCGCUGCGGCUGCGGUCACAACAGAAGCACCGAAGCGCUCUAGUACAGAGCCACGAUCUGGAUUCAGAGUUCCUGAGAACAGCAAGAUCGCCGCUAGGCUCAAUCCGGCACUCGCAGGCCUUCUCUCACGCAACGGCAGUCCAAAGCUGCCAGGCGAUUCUCCCUUGCCGGACGGUGGUCGAGGGCAAGUGCGCGAGAUGCAGCACACCUCCCAGGGAGGCGGCGGGGAAGAGCCUGCAGAGCUGACGCAUAUGACAAAGGCUCGAGCCAAAGGGCCGAGAAGAAGGGCCCCAAAGGCUAGCAUGUCCAAGUCUACGAGGCAAGAAAGCGCCGCACCAGCUGAGAAUCGGACCGAGGCCGGGACAGACGGGCAGCCAACUCCGCCAAAACCUUUACCAUUGGCAAAAGAGACAAUUUCUGUUGACCUGCCUUUACGUCAAUCGCGCAGCUUCGUGACUCGGGAAGCGGCAGGCACUGAAGCAGGGGAGAAGACUGAGAAGACUAUCGCCAAGCCUGCGCAGGGCGCAGCACUCAUUCACGCGACGUCUGAGCCAAAUGGACAACAAGUCAAGCCCAUCGACAUCCUCAAGACUCGCUCCUAUACCCAGCCGGCACCAGCUAAUGAAACAGAACCGAGUCCCAAGUCAAAGCCGCCCGUUGCUAGCAAGUCUGCGGAGCUUCGAAAAGUUUCGAGUACUAUUGGGGGACGUCAGCCGGCUGAAAAGACGAACUCAAUGAAACCAUCCACUCCCAGGAGUUUCGAUGUUCUGACUGACCGACCUUCGGUCGUCUCGUCUCCUCCUGAAUCCGAUCUUGAAAGAAAAGCUAAUACAACCAGCCCGCCGUUUCCGUCUGUCUUGCCGUUGACCCCCAGCAAGUCCAAGAUGAACACUCCCAAAGCUUCGAAGCCGUCUACUGGCCCUGAAAAAUCAGCGGCGCUUACAUCACCAAGCAAAGUGGGCGGUCUCGGUUUGAAAUUUGAGUCUCCAGCAGCCAAGAAGUCAACUACGAUGCCAGAACUCACACCACCGCCGGAGCCAGAUAGACUCCAGUCUCGUCUAGACCGGUCUCCUGGCCCAAACACCUCAGAUUCUGGUCUGGCGUCGCAAAUCGAGUCCUUUUUCGGCAUGUUACCCCGACCGAGUGAGAAGGCGGAAUUCGACACACAACAAUUCCUUUGCUCACAAAACAGAGCUGCGGACAAAACGAAAACACUCAGUAAUCAAAUCUGGGAGGUGACUGGUAACGGCAAGAAGACAGCAAUGCCACCUCAGCAGGAGCACAUCCUAUUUGAAGAUUGUAUGUACCUGUGUGUCCACACCAUGCAAUCACGGGGCGGCUCGAAUGUGGUGGAUGUCUAUCUGUGGUGCGGGGAUGAAGUUCCAGCAGCGGCCAUAGAGGACGCCCAGCUUUUCUGCAGGAAGGUCGCCCGCGAAAACAGCACGAAGCUACAGGUAGUAAAACAAGGUAAAGAAAGCUCCGAAUUCUUCCAGGCGCUGGGUGGCAUUGUCAUCGUGCGCAAGAGCAAAUCAUCCGCACUGUACAUGCUUUGUGGUCGGCGACAUCUUGGUCAUUUGGCGUUUGAUGAGGUCGAGUUUGACCCAUCUAGUUUAUCCUCUGGCCUGCCUUUCUUGAUAUCUGCCAAAUUUGGAAAGCUCUACCUCUGGAAAGGGGCUGGUAGCGAUCCGGAAGAUGUGGGAUGCGCCAGGUUGAUUGGCAUGGAUCUAGGUCUCACAGGCGAGAUUGAGGAGAUAUCCGAAGGUGAAGAACCUUCCAGCUUCUGGGAAUCGUUCCCUACCGGAACAAGCAGACGACAAACCGGGCAAGAAUCACACCGAAAGGGGCCGUUCCGGGGCCGUCCAUCCAAGUUAUAUCGUGUGGAGCAUGACAGACCCAAGUCUUCAGGAGGAUUUUGGGGACUGAGGUCGUUAUCGCCUCCGAAGCAGACACCAAAGGCGCUGGUUGAAGAGAUUGUGCCAUUCACUCAGAACGACGUCGACGCCCAUCACAUCCAUAUCUUGGAUACCUAUGCGGAAGUUUAUGUACUGGUCGGUGCAUCCGCGAAAAAGCCCUCUGAAUUUGUGACGGCCAUCCACAUCGCCCAAGAGAUGGCCGUUCUCUCGCCGUCUGUGCAAGAUAGGCCUGUACUGCCGUCAUGUUUCGUUGUUUUCGGCGAACCGCCCCAACAUAUCAAAUCGGUCUUUCGGAAAUGGACACCUGCACGGACGAGUCCUCAGGCAGGACAGCUAUGUGUACGAGUCGAAGAAGUAAUGCAGGAAUUGGGAAUGACGCUGUAA